AUGUCGUUUGUUGCCAAAGUGAAAAAUGUACUUAGUGGUGAUACAUUGGUGCUUAUUCCAGUUAAAAGUACUCAAGUGCCAGUACCGGAACGUAUUUUAACAUUACUGUAUGUUCGAACUUCUGAAAAUGGAUGGCCUUCAAGAGAAUACCUUAGACAGUUGCUUAUUGGCCGUGAUAUUAAGGUAUCUGUAUUUUACAAGAAUCCAGCUACUGGAAGAGAAUUUGGUGAUGUGAAAACUCCUAUUUUUGAUUCUUUGAUUGUGCAUUUGUUGGAAAAGGGUUAUGUUCAUUUGAAGGAUAAUGUUCAAGAUGAUGGUUCUGAGUUAUACGAGGAUAUUAUCGCAGCUUCUCAAAAGGGUUCUUCUCAAAAGCUUGAUACAGAAACCGGUCGUAUUGAAAUAAUUCCCUUAACAGAACAAAUUCAAGCAAGAUCCCAAAAAUAUCCUCUUACUUGUGUUGUUGAGAGAGUUAUCAGUGGUGAUAGAGUCGUAGGCCGUAUUUUUGUUAGAUCUAACCAACACAUUGAAAGUCCAAUCUUAUUGGCUGGGAUCAAGUGCCCAAGAACCGACGAUGAAACUGCUAAAUUGGUCAAAGUGGGUGAACAAGCAAAGCAAUUUGUUGAAGAAAAAUUAUUAACUACUAAGGUCGAAAUCAAGGUUAGCAUUAUCGGAGAAAAUAGUGCAGGCUUGCCAAUUGGUAUAUUCAUUCACCCAAGUGGUAACUCUAUUCAUGAAAAAUUAUUGGAGUUAGGUUUGGCUGAAAUUGUCGACUGGCAAUCCCAAUUUGUGGGUUCUAAGUUAAUGGUGGAAUGGAGAAAAGCUGAACAAACAGCUAAAGCUUUGGGUAAAGGACUUUUUGCUACUUCAACUGCUGCAAAGCCAGCUACGAUUUCUACUGGUGUGAAAUCAAAACUGUUGAAGCCUGGCUCAACUCUUGACAAUGUUCAAGUUGGUCGUGUUUUACAUGCUGAUACUUUUAUCCUUAGACUUCCUCAAUCUGAUGAAGAAAUCACUGUUCAAUUGGCCUCUGUUAGAGCACCAAAACCAAACGAUUCAACUGUUACAACUAAUGUUCAGGUCCAACAAGCAUUGGUCAAUACCGCUAGAGAAUAUGUGCGUAAUGCUGUGAUGGGUAAGAAUGUCACUGUUUACUUUGAUGGUUACAGACAAGAAGAUAAAGAGAGGGGCUUUGAUGCUAGAUUUACUGUGAGUAUUAAGUUGCCAAAUGGCUCUGAUUUAUCAGAACAAAUAAUUUCUAAUGGUUGGGGUACUGUUAUUAGACAUAGCAAGGCCACAUCUGGUGAAAGAUCAAUGAACUGGGAUAAAUUGGUUGAGCUUGAAGAAGCAUCAAAGAAGGCUGGCAAAAAGGGGAUAUUCACAACUGGUGAUAUCUCCAAGGUAUUAACUGUUGGUACUAGAAUUGUUGAUGCUAGUGAGAACUUUUCCAAAGCCAAAACAUUUUUGAACGGGUUCAAGCAAAAGGGUAGAAUUGGUGGAUACCAUGUUGAAUAUGUCAAUUCUGUGAAUCGAGUCAAGUUGUAUAAUCCAAAAGAAGGCUUGAAGUUGACAUUAAUUUUGGGUGGGUUAUCUAAUGAACAUAAUAAAUCUGAUGAAGGUUUGAAAUUUGUUAACAAGAAAUACUUGCAAAAAAAUGUUGAAUUUGAUAUUUACGAUACUGACAAGAUUGGUGGCUUCAUUGGUAAUUUGUAUGGAAGUCCCAGUGCGUUGUCACCAGUGCAAGUUCAAUUAUUGAAUCAAGGGUAUGUGAAAUUGCAUGAUAUUGCUGUUAACAGCAAUAAAUUUGCCACUGAAUUCUUUGAAGCUGAAGAUGAAGCCAAGUCUAAUAAAAAGGGACUUUGGUCAAAUUACGAUGCUGCUCAAGAAAAGGCACAAGAGGAAGCUCAAUUGGCUCAAUCAUUAGAAAAAGUAGCCAUUGAAUCAAAGCCCAAGUUCUUUGAUAUUGAAGUCACCGAUGUUGAUCCUACCACUGGUGUCAUUUCAUUUCAAAACAUCAGUCCAUCAGCCGUUGCUAAAUUCACUCUGUUCAAGAAUGAGUUCAAUGAAUUCCAUUCCAAGGCUCCAAGUGCAACAUCUUCAUCUGUUGACUUGCCAUUUAAUUUGAAUAAGCCUCCAAGGAAGGGUGAAUUGGUAUCUGCCAAAUUUUCUCAGAAUGGUAAGUACUAUAGAGCUCGUGUGAUCAACUAUGACAAAUCUAGUGGUUCAUAUGAAGUCAAACAUAUUGAUUUUGGAAAUGUUGAUAAGGUUGCAUUAUCAGGUUUAAGAUCAUUACCAAUUAAAUUUAGUUUGGCGACUUACCCAGCUUUUGUUAGCACUACAACAUUACAAAACUUGAGAUUACCACCUUCCAAGCCAACUGACUACUUCACUGAUGCUAUAUAUGCUUUGGAAGACUUAACAUACGAUAAGAAAUUGGUUUUGAGUGCUAUUCCUGGUACCAUUACAGAUUACACUGGUGUUUUGUAUGAUUCAGAACAGCUGUUAAAGGAUGCAACUUAUACCAUCAACAAACAAUUAGUUAAGGAAGGUUGGGCUGUUGUAGAUGAAACAACUUUAACUGCCACUAUCAAAGCUUCUGAUUAUGUUUCUGGCUUAUUGAAGGUACAAGCUGAAGCAAGAGCUGAACAUGUUGGAUGUUGGGAGUUUGGUGACGUUAGUUUUGAUGACGAGACAUUUUAG